GGAAAUAAUUUAUUGAUGGAGAGGAGUUUUGUGGCUAUCUUUGUGAGUUCAGUGGUUCUAGUGACUGUCUGGACUCAAUCAGUUUCAGUGGAAGAUACUGAUUGCUCAAUAAGACCUUGUCACAAAGAUGGUGUAUGUAUAGAUACAAAUGGCAACUUCACUUGUGUAUGCCUGCCACAGUGGAGUGGGAAUUUCUGUGAAUUAGACACAAAUGAGUGCCUGAGUUUUCCUUGUGAACAUGGCGGGACCUGUACCAACGAAAAUGGUGAUUACCAUUGUACCUGUAGCUCAAACUGGGUCGGAAAGAAUUGUACAGAGUUUAAACGUGUCACAUCAACUGACCUGAGGCCCAACAUGGAGAUUUAUCCUGCUAAAGAGAGCAGUCUGGGAUCAGAAAAUGACACAAUCUACACAAGUACGGGAGACCUCGUCCUAAACAGUGGUGAAAACUUCACCAUAGAAUGUUUCGGAGAUUACCCUGUCCAGCUGAUCAUACAGAGGGGCAAACUACGAGCUGAAGCUCCAGAUUAUUUAGGAAUGAACAUAUUGCUCCGCCCAAUAUCUAACUCUUCACAAAUGCCACGGCCAUUCGGAGCGAUCUUCCUGAUCAGUAACCCUGACUAUCUGUACACGGGAGAGUAUUUCUGUCAGUAUCAAGACAGUGUGAUAUAUACCAGCAAAUACAUCUAUGUUAGAGAUGAUGAGAAUUUAUUCUUAAUGGAAAGCAAGCCCUAUCCACAUAUGAUUAAUGCUUAUCAAUUUGUUCCCGUGGUACUACCGUGCAGUGUAUCUGAUCCUGAAGCAGAGGUCAAACUGGUGCGAGCUGGAAGGGUAGAAGUUCGUUUGGAGGAACAUGGCAUCAUAUAUGACCCCCAAAAAGGAUUUUUAAUAGAGUUUCCAAGUUGGAAGUUGGCUGGAAUGUUUUCUUGUAAAGCCACCAAGAAACAGAUGACAGAUAGUCUCCAUUUUUACGUAACUUACACAGAAAACACUUGGAAAAUGAGGUCAGAAAAGACAAGAACUGGACACAAGGACCCUCAUGUAGUGUAG